AUUAAAAAAAGAGAGAGAGAGAAAGAAAAAUCGGAGAAAGAAAAAAGAAACGCUUUCGCUUUCACACCUGGAAACAUAUAACAAAGCUUCUCAGUUCAUGCAUAUACUCAGAUCGGUUAGGGCUCGCUGAUUCUUUUUGGGAUUUCGGAAGCUAGAAGAUCUCUUGGUGGAUAUUUUGGGUUUCUGUUCUUAUGGCGGAUCGCGGAUCUUUUGGAUUUAUUAGCACUCCUCGAUUAGAUAUGGAACGGUUGCUCUCCGAAGCACAACACAGGUGGCUUAGGCCUGCUGAGAUUUGUGAAAUUCUUCAGAACUAUCAGAAGUUUCAUAUAGCAUCAGAGUCUCCCAGCCGACCCGCCAGUGGUUCACUCUUUCUUUUUGAUAGGAAGGUGCUGAGAUAUUUUAGGAAAGACGGACAUAACUGGAGGAAGAAGAAAGACGGGAAAACUAUAAAAGAAGCUCAUGAGAAGCUCAAGGUAGGAAGCAUUGAUGUGCUACAUUGUUACUAUGCACACGGGGAAGGCAACGAGAAUUUCCAGAGACGAUGCUACUGGAUGCUUGACCAAGAUCUGAUGCAUAUUGUUUUCGUACACUACUUGGAGGUUAAGGGUAACCGGACAAGUACAGGAAUGAAAGAAAACAAUUCAAAUUCUGUUAAUGGCACUGCUUCAGUGAAUAUUGAUUCAACAGCAAGCCCGACCAGCACAUUGUCAUCAUUAUGUGAAGAUGCUGAUUCUGGGGAUAGUCAUCAAGCAAGUUCUAUCUUACGAGUAUCUCCUGAACCUCAAACUGGAAAUCGCAAUGGUUGGACAUCUGCUUCUGGCAUGCGUAGUCUUUCACAGUGUCAUGGGAACAGAGUCAAAGAAAAUGAUUCCCAUAGAUUAUUUGAUGUCCAAGCUUGGGAUCCCGUCGAGAAUUUAGUGACAAGAUAUGAUCAAGCUUGUGAUAACUUAUUGACUCAGUCUUCUAAUAAUGAGUCAAUGCUGGUGGAAGAGCAUACAGACAAAGGCAGGGUGUUAACGGCAGAGCAUCUCAGAAAUCCUCUUCAAACUCAAUUAAAUUGGCAGGAUGACCAAUCAUUGCCAAAAUGGCCCGUGGAUCUGGUUUCACAUUCUGGAACGACUGAUGACACUGAUCUGGCGUUAUUUGAGCAAAGUGCACAAGAUAAUUUUGAGACAUUUUCCAAUCUCCUUGGCAGUGAAAUUCAGCAAUCUGUUGGGAAUUCUUUUCAAGCUCCUCCUUCAAGUAUGGAAAUCGAAUAUAUACCUGUAAAGAAAUCGCUGUUAAGACACGAAGAUAGUUUGAAAAAGGUCGAUAGUUUUUCUCGGUGGGCUAGUAAAGAACUUGGCGAGAUGGAGGAUUUGCAGAUGCAGUCUUCGCGUGGAGAUAUUGCAUGGACCACUGUCGAUUGUGAAACUGCAGUAGCUGGGCCCUCCUUGAGCCCUUCUCUCUCUGAGGAUCAGCGUUUCAGCAUAGUUGAUUUUUGGCCAAAAUGCGCUCAUACUGACGCCGAAGUUGAGGUCAUGGUUAUUGGGACAUUUCUGCUUAGUCCUGAAGAAGUAACAAAAUAUAACUGGUCAUGCAUGUUUGGUGAAGUGGAGGUUCCUGCUGAGAUAUUAGUAGAUGGUGUUCUCUGCUGUCAUGCUCCACCUCAUACAGCUGGUCAAGUGCCCUUUUAUAUUACAUGUUCCAACAGAUUUGCUUGCAGUGAAUUGCGAGAAUUUGAUUUCCUUUCUGGUUCUACCAAAAAAAUCGAUGCUGCUGAUUUGUAUGGUACAUAUACAAAUGAAGCAUCACUUCAGUUGCGGUUUGAAAGGCUGCUUGCUCGCAGAGCUUCUGUUCACGAACACCAUAUAUUUGAAGAUGUCGAGGAGAAACGAAGAAAAAUCAGUAAAAUCAUGUUACUAAAGGAGGAAAAAGAGUACCUCCUUCCAGGGACAUGUGAGAGAGAUUCACCCAAACAAGAACCAAAAGGACUGCUUAUCAGGGAACAGCUUGAAGAAGAACUCUAUGCAUGGCUCAUCCAUAAAGUGACUGAACAGGGUAAAGGUCCAAACAUACUGGAUGAAGAUGGACAGGGUGUUUUACACUUUGUUGCAGCGCUUGGGUAUGAUUGGGCUAUAAAACCGAUUUUAGCAGCAGCAGUUAACAUUAACUUCCGCGAUGCAAAUGGGUGGUCCGCCCUUCAUUGGGCUGCGUUUAGUGGCAGGGAGGAAACUGUCGCUGUGCUUGUCUCUCUAGGUGCUGAUGCUGGGGCAUUGACGGAUCCAUCUCCAGAGCUUCCAUUGGGUAAAACAGCUGCUGAUUUGGCUUACGUAAAUGGACACAGGGGAAUCUCGGGUUUUCUCGCAGAGUCUUCCUUAACUAGUUACCUUGAAAAGCUAACAAUGGACUCGAAGGAAAACAGUUCUGCCAAAGCUUGUGGACCAAAAGCUGUUCAAACAGUCUCUGAGCGAACUGCUGCUCCUAUGAGCUAUGGCGAUGUACCAGAAACACUUUCCUUGAAGGAUUCACUUACCGCUGUCCGUAAUGCUACACAAGCAGCUGAUCGUCUUCAUCAAGUAUUCAGGAUGCAAUCGUUCCAGAGGAAACAGCUGACCGAGUUUGGCAAUGAUGACGAGAACGAUAUCUCCAACGAGUUAGCUGUUUCAUUUGCAUCUUCUACAAUUAAGAAUCCAGGACAUAGUGAUGUCUCUGUUCAUUCUGCUGCUACCCAUAUCCAGAAAAACUAUCGUGGUUGGAAGAAGAGGAAAGAGUUUCUCUUAAUCCGACAAAGAGUAGUUAAGAUUCAGGCUCAUGUGAGAGGACAUCAGGUCCGGAAACAAUACAAACCAAUCGUCUGGUCUGUGGGAUUACUCGAGAAAAUCAUUUUACGUUGGAGACGCAAAGGUAGUGGCUUAAGAGGGUUUAAACGCAAUGCAGUCGCCAAAACCGUGGAACCAGAACCGCCUGUAUCAGUAGUUUGUCCUAAGAUACCAGAGGAAGAUGACUAUGAUUUUCUAGAAAAGGGAAGAAAGCAAACCGAGGAAAGGCUUCAAAAGGCCCUCACUCGGGUUAAGUCCAUGGUUCAAUACCCAGAAGCACGAGAUCAAUACCGUAGACUCCUGACCGUUGUCGAGGGCUUCCGUGAAAACGAGGCUUCAUCAAGUUCAUCUAUGAACAACAGGGAGGAACUACUAGUCAACUGUGAAGAAGACGACCUAAUUGACAUUGAUUCUCUUUUGAACGAUGACACUUUGAUGUCUCUUUCUCCUUGAUAGACAUUUCCGACUCGUAUGUAUGUUCAUUUUCUUCUCCUUUUAUCAUCAUCUGGUAUUCAUUUUCAUUCUUUUACUUUCUAACUUUUCUGCUUUCUCUGUAAAUACCAUAGUUGAUAUCACCAUUUUAUUAAUUACUUUGGAUUUAGAUUCAGAAUAUAGAAUAUUCAGAGGUUUUCUAUU